CCAGGCUUUGGCCCCUGUGUGUGUCCCCGGUCUCUUGCCGGGGCGCUGUCUGCAGACUCACUGCGGAGCGCAGGCCUUGGGGAGGGAGCCCUUAGGGAGCUGGGCCCUGAUGCUCCGGACAGCCCUCUUCAGUCCCCACCCAACUAGGGAUGUUGGGUUAAUAGGCACUUAGACCCAGGACCCCCGCCUGAGAAGAGGGAGGGGACACUAGUCACCUCUGAGUCAGGGACAGGGCCACACUUGGGCCUGGUGAGUUCCAGGAGGGUGACCCCAGCCUAGGGGCCUCUCUUGCAUCCCCUCCCUGGCUCCAGCACUAUGCCCCGUUUAUUUCCCAGCAAUUCUCCAGAAAGGGUUGAUUUCUGUGCAGGGAGCGUGGCGUCCGGGAGAAUCUGCAGGUAGGACACAUCCUAGAUACCUCUAAGUUGCCACACCCAGAGAGAGGUCAGGGAUUCUUCUUGCAUUCUUUGUCCUCUCUGCCUCCCCCAGUAUGCCCCCCUCCUCACCUGCUUGUGCUGGUUAUGUAAUUAACCCAGCUGAGGCUCUCUGCCAAGCUCACAGUGUCCAGGGAUGCCUGAGGGGCCCAGGGCCUGGAGGGAUUUGGGGGGAGGAGGGACUGGUACGUACCCCAGUGGGAAGCCCAUAGAAGUAGAUAAACACCUGUUGGGGAAAGGACACCACAUGGGACAGAAAGGAGAUCAGGGUCCUCGUUUGGUUGAUAGCUCAGCUGGCUGUAUGCUUUUCACUUCCCUGAGUCUCUGGUUUUUGGUUUUGGUUUUACCUUCAAUAAAACAGGGAGAAGAGUCUCUCUCCCUCCCUCUCUUUCUCAUACACACACACACCAUACAACAUGUAUGUGAACAACAGCGCAACAGUGGAUAGUGACCCAUCCUGGGGUUGCUAGGAGGUCCCACUGAGAUCUUAGUAAACCUCAGGUGAAUGAAGGACCCCCGUACAUAACCGUGGCCGCUGUUAGUUGAACACCUGCUGUUCCUGGCACUGGGUUUUACUUUCAUGACCUCACAACACCCUAUGAAGUUUCUUGCCCAUGGACACAUUUUAGGUGGCAGAGCUGGGAACCAAACCUUGGUGGGUCUCACCCCAAAUCCUGCCUUCUGUUUACUGUCUGUACACAUACCCAAUAGAUUGGAUUUUCUGAGCCAGGCCAGACUGAGGGACAUUCAGCUGUGAACUGCGCAUAUAUGGAAAGAACAUAUAUCCACAGAGAGGACAUGCACAUAACCUGAAAAGCAUGGCCUUGUCGGAAUCCAGCAAAUCCGUCUGCCCUGGGCCCACAUAGUAGGCACUGGUGUCACCCUCCCGUGAACAGUCCCUGGACAGGAGGUCUCAGGCGUGGACCAGCCUCCCUGGUCACCAUCCCCAACAGAAGGAGAAGGCAUCUGGUUAGGUUUGCUUGGAUUAUCCCAGAAGUAGGGCCUGUUAACCCCACUUUAUAUGUGUGCAGACUGGGCAGGUGAUUUGCCCUCUGACCACAGCUAGGAAACAUCAUAGCCGGGGUUUACCCCUAAGCUCCGAAGUCACCGAAACUGAGCAUAGCAAGGUCCAACCCUGUAGCAGUCCUUUCCUGGGCACCUGCUAUGUGCCAGGCCCUCUGAGUUUGGGAGGAUGCCAGAGAAUGAGACAUAGCCCUUGGCCUGUAGGCAUUGACCAGCUAGAAGCACUAAACUUGGAGGAGGUCGGAGGUAUUGCAGCUUUGUGGAGGGGAGGCUGUUGCUGUCAGCUGUGUGCCCUUGGGCAUGCUUCUCGCUCCCUCUUGAGUCUUCUGGAAAGGGGGAUGGUUACCCAUCCCUGAGGGCUACUGUUUUGACUAUGGAUAACCAUGUGGCUGUGCUAACACUAAGUGUUCAACAAGUAGUGUGCUCCAGAGCCAGAGCAGUCAUCUGGGCCAGAGUUCCCAACAGGAUGUAAAAUGUCCUGCCCAACAAAGGACUCUCUCCACAAAAUGCUGUGAAUGUCUCUGAUGAGACAUGCUCGGCCUUGGCUCAUCCUGGGCUCUAUGGGAAAGUGGAGAUUGGAGCAAGUCUAGGGUGCGUCCCACUCUGCUCUGCAGCCUGGCCUGGCUGGGGGGGUCGGAAGUGGCCACAUGUCUGAUCAUAACACAAGAAAGAGUGAUUCCCACCGGUGGGCGGGUGGCAGGAAAAAAAAUGGAGAAGGGAGGGUGGAGAGGCUCUGGGUAGAUGGAGCUAGGUGUUCUGGGAAAGGAAAGGCUUUCUGAGAGGCAGUAACAGCUUCAGCCAAGUUCCUGGGCUGGGGAAGUACAGGCCAGGUCCAGGGAAAAGCGGGCCCACCAAGCCCACCUCUUGUCCCCACAGUCCAGGUGGAGGCCGCAGAGGGCCCGGGGCAAAACAGGGGCAGCAAUGGUGGGUCCUGACGGUGGCUGAGCCCCCAGCCCCUGGAAUAUGCAGCCCGGGGGAGCCCCAGGCAGCGGCGAGGACGCGGUGGCGGAGCGGGGCGGGAGGCAUGGUCUCCACCUACCGGGUGGCCGUGCUGGGGGCGCGAGGCGUGGGCAAAAGUGCCAUCGUGCGCCAGUUCCUGUACAACGAGUUCAGCGAGGUCUGCGUGCCCACCACCGCCCGCCGCCUCUACCUGCCUGCUGUUGUCAUGAACGGCCACGUGCACGACCUCCAGAUCCUCGACUUCCCACCCAUCAGCACCUUCCCUGUCAACACACUGCAGGAGUGGGCAGAUGCCUGUUGCAGGGGACUCCGGAGCGUCCAUGCCUACAUCCUGGUCUACGACAUCUGCUGCUUUGACAGCUUUGAGUACGUCAAGACCAUCCGCCAGCAGAUCCUAGAGACGAGGGUGAUCGGCACCUCGGAGACGCCCAUUAUCAUCGUGGGCAACAAGCGGGACCUGCAGCGCGGGCGCGUGAUCCCGCGCUGGAACGUGUCACACCUGGUGCGCAAGACCUGGAAGUGCGGCUACGUGGAGUGCUCGGCCAAGUACAACUGGCACAUCCUGCUGCUCUUCAGCGAGCUGCUCAAGAGCGUCGGCUGCGCCCGCUGCAAACACGUGCACGCCGCCCUGCGCUUCCAGGGCGCGCUGCGCCGCAACCGCUGCGCCAUCAUGUGACAACGCGCCCGCCCGCAGCCGCAUCCCGGCGGGCGGGGACCUCCCCGGGGACUGCCGGGCUCGGGCGCGGAGGGGCGGGGUAGGACUCUGACGGUCCGGGCCUGCGACGGUCCCGCAGCCGCGCGCCUCCCGGUGAGGAGCGGAGGACGAGAGAGCCUCCGGUAACUGCCCAGUCCAAGCCCUCUCCUGGGCCAGCCGUCUUCCUGGGCCCGCUGCCCUUAGUGCUGGAGUUAGCGCAGUGCCCGGCCAGGCCCCCAAGGGGCGCCUCAGCCUUUUGGGAUUGGCGGUGAGCGCGGGGGGUGGGGGUGGGGAGGUGCUGCCUUGGCCGGGGCCCCCACCGGUCUUCUCCAGAGAGUGUGUCUGUCAUUGCCCUGCGUCGUCUACUCCUGUGUCUGUCUGCCCAAGCGUCUGUUGGUCCUUAGCUGUCUUAUCCACCCUCCGGUCCACCUUCCCGCCCCCGGCUCCGUUCACAGGGCUCUCACUUCGUUCACCCCCUUGUCGCAGAUCCUGGCAGCUUCUCUGUGAGGCCAGCCUUUGGACCGUCAGCACCACGGGCACAGGGCAGAGAGAUGCGGGUGGCCCAAGGACCAUAGUCAGGGUCCGAGGGUUGAGGUCAAGGGUCAGUCAGGGGGAGAAGGCUGAGUUCUCCCCCUUCCAGGGAGAUCUCCCCGCCCAGCAGCCCCCAGAGACACAACAACCUACCUUCCAGCCUUAACUCGAUGGUCCAUCCCUGCCGGGUGCCCCUCAUCCCCUUCCUGACCCCAAAGCCAGAUCACCUCCUGGGUUAAAACUUUUUGUUUUCCUUGACAGUGUGGAGAGGGAAUCCCCCAAAAGAUAAAUUUAUUUCCAUGAUGCCA